UUACAUCUUUCGCAACUCAUUUCGCCUAGAAUCUCUCGCCCACAGCUUUUAUCUCAAUCCGCCGUCGCAGGCUUCGCCGCCGGCAAGCUCCUACCUUUUUCACCUUCCCUCUCCUCUGAUAUAUCCCCACAAAAAAAAACCCACAAAAAGAUUAAAAAAAAAAAUCUCUUAGCUUUGUUUGGUUUCAUUGUUCCUUCGUUUCGAUUUGGUUUCAGUCUAAUAAACGAGAGGGGAGGGAAGAGUUAAAUCAAAAAUCCCAAAAAAAAAAGAUAAAAAAAGUUCCAAAAAACCCAAAAAAAGAGAAUGGCUCAGGUUCAGACUACGGUGGCCCCGGCAGCUCAGUUCGGAACGACGUCGCUUUACGUCGGUGAUCUGGAUCUCAACGUGACGGACUCGCAGCUCUUCGAAGCCUUUAGCCAAAUGGGCCAGGUGGUGUCUGUUCGAGUCUGCAGAGACUCAGCCACUCGCAGAUCCCUCGGCUACGGUUACGUUAACUUCACCAAUCCACCAGAUGCUGCGAGAGCAAUCCAGGAACUCAAUUACAUACCUCUUUAUGGGAAACCUAUAAGGGUUAUGUAUUCUCAUCGUGAUCCUAGUGUUCGCCGAAGUGGCGCUGGCAACAUUUUCAUCAAGAAUCUGGACCAGUCCAUCGACCACAAAGCACUACACGAUACAUUUUCAACCUUCGGGAACAUCGUGUCAUGCAAGGUAGCCGUGGAUGCUUCAGGCCAGUCAAAAGGCUACGGCUUCGUGCAAUACGCGGACGAAGAGUCUGCUCAGAAAGCUAUUGAGAAACUCAACGGCAUGCUGCUAAACGACAAGCAAGUGUACGUGGGUCCGUUCCUUAGGAGACAAGAAAGAGACUCCACCGCAAACAAAACUAAGUUCACCAACGUCUACGUGAAGAAUCUCGCGGAAAGCACUACAGAUGAUGACUUGAAGAGUGCUUUCGCCGAGUAUGGUGAGAUAACGAGUGCUGUGGUGAUGAAAGAUGGAGAAGGAGGGAAGUCUAAGGGGUUUGGUUUUGUCAACUUCGAAAACGCUGAUGAUGCUGCUAAGGCUGUGGAGUCUUUGAAUGGGAAGAUGUUUGAUGAUAAGGAGUGGUAUGUUGGUAGAGCGCAGAAGAAGUCAGAGAGGGAGACGGAGCUAAGGGUGCGUCGUGAAGAGAGUUUGAGGGAAGCUGCGGAGAGGUUUCAGAGUUCGAACUUGUAUGUGAAGAAUUUGGAUUCUAGCGUUUCUGACGAGAAACUUAAAGAGAUGUUUUCUCCUUUUGGUACCGUGACAUCUUGCAAGGUGAUGCGUGAUCCUAGUGGAAUAAGCAAAGGGUCUGGCUUUGUUGCUUUCUCAACUCCUGAAGAAGCAACAGAAGCUAUGUCACAGUUGAGUGGGAAAAUGGUGGAAGGCAAGCCACUCUAUGUUGCUAUUGCACAGAGGAAGGAAGACAGAAGUGUCAGACUACAGGCUCAGUUUUCUCAAGUGAGGCCAGUUGCAAUGCCUCCAUCCGCUGGUCCGCGCAUGCCAACGUUUCCCCCUGGAGGUCCUGGUAUUGGACAACAAAUGUUCUAUGGUCAGGCCCCUCCUAACAUGAUUCCUCCCCAGCCUGGGUAUGGGUACCAACAACAGCUUGUUCCUGGAAUGAGACCUGGUGGUAGGGGCCAUGUACCCAAUUACUUCAUGCCUAUGGUUCAGCAACAACAGCAGCAGCAGCGUCCUGGAGGGAUCCAACAGUCCCAGCACCAAGUUCCCAUGAUGCAGCACCAGAUGCAUCCAAGGGGUCGAAUGUUACGGUAUUCUCAAGGGCGUGGCAGUGGUGGUGAUGUAGCUCCAUAUGACAUGGGCAACAACAACAACAACAUCACAAUGCCUAUUGGAGCUUUGGCUUCAAAUCUAGCUAAUGCGUCUCCAGAGCAGCAGAGGACGAUGCUGGGUGAGAAUCUGUACCCGUUGGUGGAGCAGCUUGAAGCAGAUUCUGCAGCCAAAGUGACUGGGAUGCUGUUGGAGAUGGACCAGACGGAAGUGCUCCAUCUCUUGGAGUCACCAGAAGCUCUCAAGGACAAAGUUGCAGAGGCUAUGGAUGUUCUGAGGAGCGUCGCUGCUGGUGGUGCAGCCGAGCAGCUCGCUUCCUUGAACCUCUCUUAAACUUCUUGACCCAGUCUCUCUCCCAUACAAUUACAAUUGCAGUUGUUUCUUUUCUUUGAUCCGUUUUCUUUUGGGAGAGUAUGGAUUCCCCGAUAACUUGCUUUUGUGUGGUUUAUCAAACUUUCUUUAAAUUAAAAAAAAAAAAAAAAA